ACACGUCUCAGGCAUGCGGAAGACAGCCAAAGCUCGCAGCCGUAUAUCUCGGGGUCCUUCAGAGUCAGACUGCUGCUUUCUCUGGACAGCAUCUUCGUCAAUGGCGGAUUACGAUAACUACGAUGACCGGGAUCGGGCUUACGGGAGCUUCGGCGGGGGAAGAGGACCCCGAGGCGGCGGCGGCGGAGGCCCAGGUGGACCCCGAAAGCAGAAGGACCUUCCCACAGAGCCGCCCUACACGGCGUACGUCGGCAACCUGCCCUUCAACACAGUGCAAGGAGACAUAGACGCCAUCUUCAAAGACCUGAGCAUCAGGAGCGUUCGACUAGUGCGAGACAAAGAGACAGACAAGUUCAAAGGUUUCUGUUAUGUAGAGUUUGAUGACCUGGAAUCUCUCAAAGAGGCGUUGACGUAUGAUGGCGCUCUGCUAGGGGACCGGUCUUUGAGGGUGGACAUCGCAGAGGGCCGAAAGCAGGAACGUGGCGCCGGAGGCUUCGGCUUCCGGAAAGACGACAGAGGCCGUGGUGGCUCACGUGGGGCCCGAGGAGGGGGACGUGACUCCAGAGACGACUUCGACCAGUCUGGAGGAGGAUUUAGAGAUGAAGACUUCAUGGGUGGGAGGAGUCGAGGAGGCGGUCGCCCUGGUGACAGAAGGGGGGCGGGAGGAGGAGGAGGAGGACCAGGCAUGGGACGCUUCAGAGAUGGACCUCCUCGAGGAGGCCCGACAGACUUCAGAGAACCCUCCGACGAGGAAAGAGCGCAGAGACCGAGGCUACAGCUGAAGCCGCGUACAGUGGCAGCUCCCCUCAACCAAGUGGCCAACCCCAACUCGGCCAUCUUUGGGGGCGCCAAACCCAGGGAGGAGAAUUAGUAUCUGUGUCAGUGUGGCUGCAUUUUUCCGGAAGGCUAAACUGGAUCCUACUGGCUUUGAUCACCAUAAAAUCUUUCAAAGACUUCAGUGAAAUGCAGGCAGGGGCACGAGGUGCUGCUCUCCUCUCGAAUCUGAACGAGCCCUCAUCCGAUUGGCUUAAAAAAGCAAGUGGAGGUGGGGUCUCUGGGAAGGGGGAGGGGCACAGUCUUAACUCCGCCUCUGCCUGUCCUCUCUGGCUCCUCCCACACGCCUCAAAGAACCCAAACUUGGAGGACGGCAUCUCCAGGUUGAAUGCGUUUAAGGACUUCAGCAUCUCUUUCCCUUCCCAAAGUAUCUUUUGUGGGUUUUUUUUUUUUUUUUUUUGAAUUCGAAUGUCCUUUUUAUAUUUUGCUCUUUAAAUUUCUUUUCUGUAUUUGAGGAUUAAAACGUUGAGCAUGAUUCUUAAUUAUUAAACGAUUUCAAAGUGAAAAAGUACUUUUUUGAAUUCUUGCCUCGUCUUCACGAAAGAUUUUCCCACCCUGACCAAAUCCUGGCUCAUCCAGAGCUUUCGGGAACAAUGUGCCACAUGUUUCGUUCAUUUAGAAGAGCAUGCGUGAUAGGUUUGGUUGGUGACACAAGGGUCUACAGUCUACAGACACAUCCACAGCUUGACGGCAAUGUGUUUCUUUUCCACACUCAAAAAAAAAACAAUAGUGAAACUAUGAUCCAUAACCGCAUCAGUACUGCCUUUCCACAUGAAGCUUCUUGAACAAAAUGAACUGCUUGCACAUUUCCACACACACACCAGGCGCUAUAGUUUCAUCCAGUGUAGAUCCUCAUCGAAAUACAUGUCACAAACCUUCUCUUCGCAUUCUACUGAAUUUGUUUUCCUACUGUAUAAUAGAGGUCCGCUGUUUUUCUUUUCAUUUUCCUACACUGUUUAUGGCAAUAAAUUGUAUCACCUUGCAGUGUUUGAAAUGAAUGUGUUGAAUUAGGACAACAGGAUGAAUCUAUUCUGUGUCCCGUGAAGCUCUAUGGUGUUUGAAGGACUGAAGACGAAAAAUUCUAGCUAGCAGUUGGUUUCACGCAGGAGUUGUGUCGUAAGCUUCGAGAACACGGUCACAGAUCUUGUCAUUGCAAGACACGCAGUCUUAUCUUUGUUGGGUUAACACAGGAAGUCUUUAUUCUCAACAUGAGAGACACGUGAUGAGUGAUUGUUUUGCAUAUGUAAAGAAUAAAAGAUUUGAUUUGAGGAGA